AUGGACGCCUCGCCGUUAGCGAUUCGAAAACAAACCACCGCCCAGUUGCCGCCCUCCCCACUCCAACCCAGGAGAAGAAUCAGGGCAUGGAAACUGAACCUCCGCGCCACCUGGCGGAGAAGAAUCCGGACAUGGAAAUUGAAGCUCCGCUCCACCUGGCGAUCCGUCAAAACCACCUUCUCCCGCAACCUCCUCAAACGAUUCCACCACCGGCACCGCGCAUCCUCCUCCUCCGUCGCCGCCGCCAAAAAACAGAGCCGAAUCGCCCCCUCAAAUCCCAAUAACCCCCAAACCCUCGCCGCCAAGAGGAACAGCAGCCGCCCGCACAAAUCACUGGCGCGUCUCCUCGAGGUUCCCUACACGGCCUCCGAUUUCAUCGAUUGGGGCGACCACAUGACUCCCACACUGUCCCCCAAGCGGGACAUCUCCGGGCGGUGGCGCGAGCUCCACGGAAUCGACGAUUGGGACGGCCUCCUCGACCCAAUCGACCCUACCCUCCGCUGCGAGAUCCUCAAGUACGGCGAGUUCGCCGCCGCGACCUACGAUGCCUUCGAUUUCGACCCGCUCUCCGAGUUUUGCGGCAGCUGCAGGUACAACCGCCACAAGAUGCUCCACGAAUUGGGCCUCGCCGCCAAGCACGGCUACACCACCACCCGCUACAUCUACGCCAUGUCCCACGUCGACGUCCCCCAAUGGCUCUCCCGCGCCUACACCACCUGGAGCAGAGACUCCAACUGGAUGGGCUACGUCGCCGUCAGCGACGACGCCGAAUCCAAGCGAAUCGGCCGGCGGGACAUCGUCGUGGCGUGGCGGGGGACGGUGGCGCCGUCGGAGUGGUUCAGCGACCUCAAUGCCCGGCUGGUCCGGGUCAACGACGCCGUCAGAGUGGUGAAGGUCCAAAAGGGUUUCCUCUCUGUUUACAAAUCGAAAGCAGAGUCCACUCGGUACAGCAAAGCCAGCGCUUCAGAACAGGUGACGGAGGAAUUGCUCCGGUUAGUGAGAUCUUACAGAGAGAAGGGCGAAGCAGAAAUCAGCAUCACCGUAACUGGUCACAGCUUGGGAGGUGCAUUGUCUCUAUUAACAGCUUACGAGGCUGCAAGUCUGAUUCCUGAUGUUUACAUUAGUGUGAUCUCCUUCGGCGCGCCCAGAGUUGGGAAUUUGGCCUUCAGGGAGAAGAUGAAGGAAUUGGGGGUAAAAGUUCUGAGAGUCGAAGUCGAGGAGGAUAUCGUCAGGAACCUGCCUGGAAUCGUUAUGAACACGGUCCUGAAGAAGCUGUCGAUUACGAAGCGAUUGAAUUGGAUUUACAGGCACGUCGGGAAGCAGUUGAAGCUGCACGUUUCGAGCUCGCCGUACCUGAAGAAGGAGUCUGACAUGGUUGGGAGCCAUAACUUGGAGGUGUAUCUUCACCUUGUGGAUGGGUUCGUGAGCAGAGGGGCUAAAUAUAGGUGGAAUGCGAGGAGGGAUUUGGCGCUGGUGAAUAAGAACAGCGAUAUGUUGAUACCGGAGCUCAAGAUUCCCCAGUUUUGGUACCAUAUGCCUUACAAGGGACUGGUGCGGAACAGAUAUGGGAGAUGGGUGAAACCUGGUAGAGAACCUGAAGAUAUUCCUUCUCCAUUUUCGUCCGAGUUAUCUUGUCGCGAACCUAUACUUGAACUCGUUGAAUGUUAA